GAUCUGCCCUGUGAGAAGUGGCAGUACAGCAGCCGGCCCCGCCUCCAGUAUCCUGGAGUCUUGGGAUGGAAGGGGAAGCAGAAGCUCCAAGGAUCAGUUUCCUGAAGCUCCAGUCCAUCCAGCUGUCUGUGGGGGAGCAGCCCAGGAGCCUGAGGCAGGCACCAUGGCCCAAGGCUGCCCUAUUGAAGGGCUGGAAGUGGCCCUCGUAGACCUCCAGAGCUCCCGGAACAAUGUACGACACCACACAGAAGAGAUCAGCAUUGAACGCCUUAUUGUCCGCCGGGGCCAGGCCUUUGUCAUCACCUUAUACUUUAGGAACCGGGGCUUCCAGCCAGGCCUGGACAACAUCAUCUUUGUGGCUGAGACUGGACCUCUACCAGACCUGGCUAAAGGGACUCGGGCAGUGUUCAGCUUGACAAGCAGUGAUGGCCCAAGUCCCUGGAUCGCUUCCUUGGAGACCAAUGGGGCCGCCUCCCUGGAAGUGAGCCUGUGCGCCCCUCCCAUGGCAGCGGUGGGUCGGUACCUCUUGAAAAUUCGCGUUGACUCCUUCCAGGGCGCUGUCACAGCCUACCAGCUGGGGGAGUUCAUCCUGCUCUUCAAUCCCUGGUGUCCAGCUGAUGGUGUCUACUUGGACAGUGAGCCUCAGAGGCAGGAGUAUAUUGUGAAUGAUUAUGGCUUCAUCUACCAAGGAAACAAGAGUUGGAUCCGCCCAUGCCCCUGGAACUAUGGGCAGUUUGAGGAAAAUAUCAUAGACAUCUGUCUGGAGCUGCUACAGAAGAGCCUGAACUUCCAGGUUGACCCAUCCACAGACUGUGCCCUGCGGGGAAGCCCCGUCUACAUCAGCAGAGUGGUGUGUGCCAUGAUCAACAGCAACGAUGACAACGGGGUGCUUAAUGGAAACUGGAGUGAGAAUUACACAGAUGGUGUCAACCCUGCAGAGUGGACAGGCAGCGUGGCCAUCCUGAAGCAGUGGCACGCCACAGGCUGCCAGCCAGUACGCUAUGGGCAGUGCUGGGUCUUUGCUGCCGUCAUGUGCACAGUGAUGAGGUGCCUGGGGAUCCCCACCCGUGUGAUCACCAACUUUGACUCCGGCCAUGACACAGACGGGAACCUGAUUAUAGAUGAGUAUUAUGACAGCACAGGCAGGAUUUUGGAGAAUAUGAAGAAGGAUACCGUCUGGAAUUUCCAUGUAUGGAAUGAGUGCUGGAUGGCACGUAAGGACCUCCCUCCUGGAUAUGGAGGCUGGCAGGUGCUGGAUGCCACACCUCAGGAAACCAGCAAUGGUCUCUACUGCUGCGGUCCUGCCUCUGUCAGAGCAAUCAAAGAAGGAGAAGUCGAUCUGAACUUCGACACACGCUUUGCAUUUUCCAUGGUCAAUGCAGACUGCAUGUCCUGGCUAGUUUAUGGAGGGAAGGAGCAGAAACUUCACCAGGAUACAGCUGCUGUUGGUAACUUUAUCAGCACUAAGAGCAUCCAGAGUGACGAGCGGGAUGACAUCACAGAGAGCUACAAGUAUGAAGAAGGUUCCCUUCAAGAGAGGCAGGUGUUUCUAAAGGCUCUGCAGAAGCUAAAGGAUGGAAGGUCUCAAGGUCCUCACCGAGCAGACACGACACCCUUCAGUUCCAUGCCACCAGGGCAGGACAACCCUCGGAGCCUGGAUACACCUUCCCUUCAACCCAGUGACGUUAUGCAGGUCUCCCUGAAAUUUGAGCUACUCGACCUACCCAACAUGGGCCAGGACAUAAACUUUGUCCUGUUGGCUCUCAAUAUGUCACCUCAGUUCAAGGAUCUCAAAGUAAACCUGAGUGCCCAGUCCCUGUUGCAUGAUGGCAGCCCCCUGACCCCAUUCUGGCAGGACAUAGCAUUCAUCACAUUGUUUCCUCAAGAAGAAAAGACCUACCCUUGUAAAAUCCUCUACUCUCAGUACAACCAGUAUCUGUCGACAGACAAGCUAAUCCGCAUCAGUGCCCUGGGCGAAGAGAAGAGCACUCCUGAGAAAAUCCUGGUGAACAAGAUCAUCACCUUGACUUUCCCAGGCAUCGUGAUUAAUGUUCUAGGAACAGCCUUUGUGAAUCAGCCACUCACUAUCCAGGUGAUAUUUUCAAACCCACUCUCAGAGCCAGUUGAGGACUGUGUGCUGACCUUGGAAGGAAGCGGCCUCUUUAAGAAGCAACAGAGAAUCCUCGUUGGAGUCCUCAAGCCCCAUCACAAAGCCAGCAUCACUCUGAAGACAGUCCCUUUUAAGAGUGGCCAAAGGCAGAUCCAAGCUAAUCUGAGGAGCAACAAGUUUAAGGACAUCAAGGGUUACAAGAAUGUAUAUGUAGACUUUGGGUUAUAAAUUCUGGAACAAUAUGCCAGAUGUGUG